GCAGCCAGUCGGGUCUUCAGAGUCUGUGAGCUGUGAAUUUUGAUAUUUUAACACUAGUUUAAAACUGUAAUGAUCAUCUUGGAUUUUCUGUUUAAAAGCUAAAGAGAAAAUGACGAACAAAGACGGCGAUAAAAGCCUGAAGACUGCACUCCGCAGCCAGAAACAAGCCAGGGCGCACCAGGAGAAGAAGGAUCCAUCCUCCAAUGAUGGGUCCUAUUCAAAGGAGGUACAAUUCACGGGUCAGUGCGACCCUGUGAAGGAGGUGAAAACUCCGGGACCGCAGGGAAAGAGAGCAGGGAAAGUGUCAUCAGGUGUCAGCUCCGAGUGCCAGAGGAGCCCCGGCGCACAGAGGAAACUCUCCGACGCCAGCAACGCUUCAGAGGAUUUGAGCAAAGACUCCGGCUGCCUGUCGGGGAAACUGUCCUCCUCGGACAGCAGCUCGGAAAUCUCUGACUGCCCGUCGGACGGUAACAAGCACGACUCUGACUUAAGCUGGAUAGACGGCAAAGCUUACGUGACCCCGGAUAGCGAGGGCGCAAGCGACGGCAAACCGUGCGCAAAAGCGGCGAGAGAUAUCUGCGCUCUCCAGGCCGAGGCUGCCGCAGGGGGCUUCAGUUUGUUCAACUCCUCGGGGGCGUUUAUGAAUCUUAUGAUGGGGGAAACAACCGAAGACCUCGUCAGGGAAGUGGAAGAUCUGAGAUCAGAGAACGAGUAUUUGAAAGACGAGGUGGAGGAGCUACGCUGUGAGAUGCUGGAAAUGCGUGACAUGUUCCAGGAGGAGGAGAUUUACCAGCUGCAGGAGCUGCGGCUGCAGCUGGAGCAGGCCAACAAGACGUGUCGCAUCCUGCAGUACCGCCUCCGCAAGGCAGAGCGCCGCAGCAUCCGAGUGGCUCAGACCGGACAGGUGGACGGGGAGUUGGUCCGGAGCCUGGAGCACGACAUUAAGGUUGCAAAGAGCGUGUCACUCCGCCUGUACAACGAGCUAGAGGCGGUGCAGAAGAAGAACUCCCACUUGGAGUGGGAAAACGAGGUGCUGCGUGAAAAGACUCAGGAACUGGAAGUGGCCAAGCAGGUUUUACAGACUGAGCUGGAUAAAACCAGAGAGAGCUCUUUGAAGAGGAAAAGCAUCAGAUCAACAGCCAGCAGGGCAGAGAAGAGGCUCUCUCAGCAGAUUGAGGAUGACAGCGCCGAUCUCAAGUGCCAACUCCACUUUGCCAAAGAGGAAUUAGCUCUCAUGUGCAAGAAGCUCACCAAAUUGGUAUCAGAGAGUGAGGUGAUGCGCGAGGAGCUGGCCAAAUACCGCUCAGCCUACGGUGACGUGGACGCCGCCCAAUCACCUGAAGGAAAGCAAAGCUACGCCCACGCCAGGGAGGCGGAGGUCAAAGUUCAUCUUAAACUGGUGGAAGAGGAGGCCACACUUCUGAGCCGGCGCAUCGUUGAAUUGGAGGUGGAGAACCGUGGUCUGCGAGCAGAAAUGAGCGACCUCAGGGAGAAAAUUGGAGGUGGAGGAGGAGGAGGAGGGGAAGAGCAGGAUGAAGAGAAUCGGGAUGUUUUGGAGGGAAAUAUGUCAGCGAGUGUUGCGAUGAAGGAAACCGAUGGAAAGGAGAAAAGUAUAAAAAUGGGACCCGUGAUGUACGAGCGGGGUCAGGAUGAAGGGUCCGAGAAAAGAAAAGGCGAUGAGGAGACUGAAAAGAUGAUCACUCGAGAGGGUCCCGUGGGAGGCGAGUGGGAUCCCUCAGACAGUCAAGAGAGUAAUGACAACAAAAAACUCCAAGAGAUGACUUUGAAGGACUAUGAAGCUCUGCUUGCUCUCAGAGACCAUGCCUGCAUUUUGAGUUCAGCCAUACAGCUCCUGAUUACAUCACCCAAAAAUGGCCACAGCUCGUCUCCCUCGCGCACGUUCGCCUCGCCAAUAGACUGUAACGGAAAGGCACAGAAGAUUUCUCUGAACGAGGCUUUGGAACUUUUAGAGGCGAUGCUAUUGGCUUUCAUCGGGCGGGUGGAGAUGCUUCUAACAGCCAAAGAUACACAGUUAAACUCAGUUAAGAAGGAGGUCUGGGAGUCCUACAGUUUCCCUUUCCUCUGUGGAAAUCCUGACGUGGAGUCAGAGAGUAAGCAGGAGUGUGGAGAGCCAAAGAAGACAGAAAAACAAAUGAGGAAAGCACCUUCUGUUCAACGGGGCCUCGGUGAGAAGUGCAGGGAUCCAAAAACGCAACUUUUAUUGCAGAUUCUUUGGAUCCUUCAUCAGUGGUGUCAAGUCAAAGGACCUGACAUGGAAGGAAAACAGGAUAGAGAGAAAGCGAUGUCAGUGCUGAAAGGAUUGUUGCAAGACCUCGCUGCAGAGCUUCAGGAUGAGCGGAUUGAAUGUGACAGUGAGGCCAAGGCCACGCCGGGCAAGCCAGCUGAGUGUCGUGUUGGUGGUGUUUUUCAAUAUGGUCGACACCGUGAAGCUGACAGAACCUGCAGCUCGACAGGAAAAAGACUCAGACGGCAGUUUCCUCCGUGCAGCUCUCAGAGGAAGAACUGGUGCUAUUUGAACCAAGAGGCUGCCCAGCUUGACCGAGAGGACCCGGUUAAGACGUGGGACCAUCUAAUCAUGCCGCUUAGCUUCCCUGAUCUUGACUUUGAGCAGAUGUCCUUGGACAGAAGCCAUACUGCUCCAGAGAAGUCUACCGUCCGCAUCUACUACAGCCCCCCGUCGGCCCGCAGAGUCCAGCUGGCUCAGCUGAAGCAAAGCCCAGACAGAGGAUCCGUGGACGCGCCCUCUCCCUGGUGCACGCCGCCAACCUCCUUCUCACAGCUCUGUCUGGGCUCAUCUGCCAAUCUGAGCGAUGACAUGAAGGAAAUGACAGCCGGCUGGAGGCAGAAGCGUCAAGACAGCCCACAGGAAAAGAGAGAAAGAUUAGCAGGCCGGGGAUGGGUGGAUGUGUCCUGCUCCGGUACUCAGACCCACAUGAAACCAGAGAUGGUGAGUGUUAGUCAGCAGACAGAUGCGACUCAGGGGUUGAGCACCACGAGAAGCAGUCCUUCUCGGGCCCUGAACUCCCCUCUGGUCUCUGCCCGCUCUCACCACAUCUCUGCCUCACUGGAGGGCAUAACAGGCCGAGUGGAGAGGUCCAGACACUCCACCUCCUCGCCUAAACUGUACCGAAGACAGUCUCUCCCCUCUCCCUCCAAUCUGAGCUCCCCCUCCUCUGCAUCUACCUCUAGAGAUCGACCUCUGUGGAACCUGGCACAUCAAAAUCAGUCCGCCCUCGCGUGGACUCGACAAACCAGCUCCCGAGCAGGUGCUGGGCAGAGCCACGGCUCCCUGAGCAACGCCAAGCUGCCUGCCAAGUCCACCGGAGCCAACCGGUACGGCUUGGUGACAGAGUUCCUGCGUAGGGUGAGCGGGCGGGCAGACAAACCAGUGCCGGGGUCAGGGCAGAAAGCUAAAAGUAGCACGAGGAACCUGGAACGUGUUCCAACGAGGCCUCCCGCCGCCCCGCUCAACAGGAACGACAGCGUGACCAGGAUCGUUAACCAGAGGUUCAUGAAGCAGAGAGAGGAGGCCACCAAAGUCCAGAAGGAGGAGAAGGGAAGCAGCCUGAACCAGGGUGUCAAAAAUGGCCUGAACGCCAUCACAGCAGAGGAGAGGAGCUACGAGUGCAGCUCCAGCAGCACGCUCACCUUCUGCUUCGCCCGUCCAUCUCGCUCCACGCAGAAACAAACAUCAAACCCGACCAAACUCCAAAGGCACAGGUACUCGCCUCCGGUCAGAGCAGCUGCAGACUCCACCUGCAGCUGAACAUGAUGGGAAACGGCAGCUUUCACACUGACACCACAGACAAAUUUAGUCUGUAGGCUCGAAAAUGUAAAUUCAGCUUUUCGUGGGAUGUUUAGGAGAGCUUUGAGAAAACUCAUAGAGCUUUUGGUGCAAUUAAAGUCACUCAUCUUCUUUCACAGAUGGGCUUAACCCUUAAUUCACUUGCUUAUAAUUAAUUUUGUAAUAUCUUUACUGUAUUUUGUAGAUAAUAACUUUAUG